GUUGACUUGUCUAUCAAACUCAACAAAGUGAUAUUUUGUGUCAAAAAUGAAUUUUAGGCAUAAAAUGAUAAGAUUUAAGUGCAUUGCAUAUAAAUUCUCCUAAUUUUUUACUAGGUUUUAUAAGAAAGAUUCAAUUGAUGGCAGCCAGUACAAGUUCAAAUUGGGAAGCUUUGGUUUGCCAUUUGUCACCUCAGAUCUAGAGCUCAUAUUAUUAUAAUUAACUUCUCCCAAUUUUCUUAAAAAAGAGGUCCUUUGAUAGCUGAACCUAAACUAUAAUUGUGUAAAUAUAUAUUUUUAAGGGGGAUUUUUCUAGCAAAUUUAAUGACAAACACACAAUCAUUAUUUAUAUACAAGCCCUGAAGUUCAGGAUAUCUGUAAAUUGAUUUGCACUGAUUAAGUAAGCUGUGUAAAUAGUCCAAUGAAAAAAACAAAGAUAAUUCAGAUAUGGCUGCAAUAAUAAUUCAUUAUGGGUGACGGCCCUGUGCGUUGCUGGCAGAGAGAGAUUUGUUACUUAAUUUUUUUCAAAUUUUGACUCAUUAAAUCAACUCAUUUGUCUGUUUUACCUUUAUGAAAGAGAGAGGAAAGAUUUGGGGGAACGGUGGAUGCAGAGAUGCAGCCAUCCAACGCAACUUAGCUAAGGGGGAGAAUAAAUACAGUCCAAAAAUUACACCUUUAUAGUUGGAUUAGAGUUUUUUGUCCUAUAUUUCUUCUUCUACCUCUAUCUACAUUCAAUUUCCUCUCCCUCCCUCCAUCAAAGUCUCUCCUUUUGAUACCUCAAAGAAGGUAUCUUCUUUUUCUUCGCGAAAGCUUACUAAUUGAUGGCUCCAUUGUCAUCAUCAGUGAAAGGGAUUUCAAAAUUUUGUGGAAAGAUUGCUUUUUGGAGUAAGAAGGAUUCUGAUCCGAAGGAUUCGGAGUACCCUCAGAUUCUGGAAGUUGAUCCCGCUGGUAGAUAUUGUAGAUAUGGUGAGAUCCUUGGCAUGGGAGCUUCGAAAACAGUUUAUAAGGGUUUUGAUGAGUAUGAGGGGAUUGAAGUUGCUUGGAAUCAGGUGAAGCUGAAUAGCUUUCUUCGCAGCUCUGAGAAUUUGGAGAGGCUUUAUUGUGAGAUUCAUCUUCUGAAAACCCUAAGACAUAAGAACAUCAUGAAAUUUCAUGCCUCUUGGGUUGAUACCUCCAAGAGAAAAAUCAACUUUAUCACAGAGAUGUUUACCUCUGGCACUCUAAGACAAUAUAGGCAGAAGCAUAGGAGGGUUAACAUUAAAGCAUUGAAGCAUUGGUGCCGACAAAUCUUAAGUGCUUUGCUUUACCUCCAUAGUCAUGACCCUCCCAUCAUUCAUAGAGACCUCAAAUGCGACAAUAUUUUUGUUAAUGGAAACCAAGGAGAGGUCAAGAUUGGUGAUUUGGGUCUUGCCGCAAUCCUCCGAAAACCGCUCGCGGACCAUUGUGUCGGCACACCUGAAUUCAUGGCUCCGGAGGUAUAUGAAGAGGCCUACAACGAAUUGGUAGAUAUAUACUCUUUCGGAAUGUGUGUUCUAGAAAUGGUCACACUUGAAUAUCCAUAUAGCGAAUGUACCCACCCCGUCGAAAUCUACAAAAAAGUGAUCUCUGGUCGAAAACCAAAUGCUUUAUAUAAAGUAAGGAAUCCAGAAGUGCGAAAAUUUGUGGAGAAAUGCAUUGCAAAGGUGUCCGAGAGAUCCUCCGCAAAGGAGCUUUUAAACGAUCCUUUUCUCCAAAUCGAUGAGCACGAUCCAACUUAUUCGGAACAAGAAAUCAGAAUAAUGAGUCAAACUCUUAAGGAAUAUGAAGCAGAUAGCUUUGAUGCAUUUCGUAGUCCGGUAAGUGAUUCUUGUGUUAAUUUGGAAAUUACAAUCAAGGGAACGAGGGGAGAUGAUGGCGGCAUCUUUCUAAGUCUUAGAAUAUCUGAAAGAGAAGGCAAUGUUCGAAACAUCUUCUUUCCUUUCGACAUUGAAAAUGAUACCGCGAUUGGCGUUGCGGCGGAAAUGAUCACCGAGUUGAAUAUAAGUGAUUAUGAUAUCAUACAGAUUGCCGAGUUGAUCGAUGAUGAAGUUUCUUCAUUGGUGUCAGAAUGGCAACCCGGUAUGAAUGUAGGAGAGCUAUCAAGUUAUGUGAUUCCAUCCAAAAAAGAUCUGGAUGUUUUGGCGCCGCAUUCCGUGUUGAGUUACCCAUCGAUUGCAAACGAAAGUAAUGUUGAAAAUGUCAAUUCAUCGCACGAAAACCCCGACUGCUCUCUUCAUGGCCGAUUUGAAGAGAGAACGUAUAAUGUCAAAGAAUCCGAGGGCGAAGCACAGGGAGCUUUGGUGCUCUCAUCCGCGCGCAAAGACAGUCUCUCUUUAAACGAAAACAACGAAAAUGUCAAUUCAUCGCACGAAAACCCCGACUGUUCCCUUCAUGGCCGAUUUGAAGAGAGAACAUAUAAUGUCAAAGAAUCCGAGGGCGAAGCACAGGGCGCUUUGGUGCUCUCAUCCGCCCGCAAAGACAGUCUCUCUUUAAACGAAAACAAGGGCCACAUGGGUCAAUCUUUCAAAAUAUUUAAAAAGAAUCAGACAGAGGCUGAGGAACCGAAUGAAUUUAGAAGAAGUUCGAGCACAUCUGUUUACAGUCGAGUGAAAUCUUUUCAUCUUGGGAGGAAUUUCUCAUAUCGCAUUGCUUCUGAUGAUAAUCUUGAUGAUAAUGCGAACAAUGGCAACAUCAAUAAGAAAUGCACUGAAAAUGAUAGUGAUAUUACACCUGAGCACAUUAUUAGAUGCUUAUAAAAUGUUUAUUUUGUAUGUAUGUUAUAGCUGAUUUUUUUUUUCUUUUUGUAAUUGUAAAGUUAUGAGAUCAAAUGAGAUGUCGAUGCUCUCUUUCUCUUAAAAUUGUAAUAUGUUAAUUUGAG